AUGGAAAUAUCUUUGGCUGCAGAGGCUCAGUUGGUUGUGGUUUGUGUUAAGGUUCCUGUUGAUUUUGAGUUGGAUGAUGUUUUCUUCACUGAAGGAGAAGUAAGUUUUCUUCGUCUUGUGAUUUCGAAGGGUGGUAUUGCGGUGGAUCCGUCGAAGGUUGAUGCAGUGUUGCAGUGGAAAUCGCCGAAGUCUGUAUUUGAGAUUAGAAGCUUUCUUGGGUUGACAGCGCAUGUUUGGGAUGCUAAGUGCGAGAAGAGUUUCCAAGAGUUGAAGAAGAGGUUGGCUUCAGUGCCAGUGUUGAUUUUGCCGAAUCUGAAGGAAUCAUUUGUUGUGUAUUGUGAUGCUUCUAAGAUUGGACUUGGUGGUGUGUUGAUGCAGAAUCGUCAGGAUGUGGCUUAUGUGUCGAGUGAUGCGUCAAUAAAGUAUCUAUUUUAA